GAUAUCUCUGUGAUGAUGUCUGUCGACAAAACGAAUUAAAUAUUUAAAAUUUAUGGAAUUUAAUAUUUUACACUUAAUUAAAUCACAUUAUUCGUGUCAAAACAUUUUGUUUUCGGAUAAUUAUAAAUAUUUAAUAUAUUAAUAAUGGAUUUUUCGUUACUAGAACCAACUUUAUACACUGUCAAAGGCAUGGCUAUUUUAGACAAUGAUGGCAAUCGCAUACUGGCCAAAUACUACGAUGAUAAUAUAUUUCCAACGAUUAAAGAACAAAAAGCAUUUGAGAAAAAUCUAUUCAACCGCACUCAUAGAGCAAAUGCAGAAAUUAUCAUGCUGGACGGAAUUACAUGUCUGUACAGAAGCAAUGUGGAUUUGUUCUUUUAUGUCAUGGGAAGUUCACAUGAGAAUGAAUUGUUAUUAAUGAGCGUCUUGCAAUGUAUGUACGAUUCAAUCAGUCAAAUUUUAAGAAAAAAUGUGGAAAAACGAGUUGUGCUAGACAAUUUAGAUGUUGUUAUGUUGGCAUUGGAUGAAAUUUGUGAUAAUGGUAUUAUAUUGGAAGCCGAUUCUGGAGCAGUUGUACAGAGAGUUGCAUUACGAACUGAUGAUAUACCAAUUGGAGAACAAACUGUUGCACAAGUUUUCCAGUCGGCAAAAGAACAAUUAAAAUGGUCACUAUUAAAAUAACACUAUUAUAUAUAAAUAUUUUAUCUAAAUCUUUCAGGUAUAAGAUGUUUAACUUAAUAUAUACCAUUAUUUCCAUUGUUUAUAUAAAACUAUAUAUUUAUAACUUAUAAUUAA